UCCUCUUUCGGUUUUCCUAAGGGUUUCCAGUUGUCCGUACUCGUUUGUUCGGUUUGGCUCCUGAGAGACUGCUUGUUUGACGGGACUGCUUUAGCUUAGGCCUGGAUUACGGCGUUGUAUGGAACCGAACAGACAGUCAAUUCAGCCCUCUAGUUCCCGAAGGAAAUCGGACAGGCCGUUUAUGUGGAUUCAAGCCCGGUCGAUAAGGGGCCUGUUGCUGUAGUUCGGGAAUCCUAGGCCUACUUCGGACCUCCAUUAGCCAUCCCCAGUCUAACCGUCGAUACUACCAUAUCUAAUAUAUUUUGUCCUGGCCCAUGCACGUUUAGGCUUUAGUAUUAUAACGUCGGAAUAAAUGUCGGCCAAACACUUUGCUGGGCGUCUCCCUUGCGCUUGGAGACGCACAAUUUCUACUUCCUCGCGGUUAAGGAAGCCGGUUCCUGGAAAUGGACAAGGCUCCGAACGAGAGUGGUCGGGUCAGGCCCAUAAUCACCAAAAAUGGUCUGGCCGCUCUAUGUUUGCCUUGACAGCUACUGCUGGUGUACUGGGAUUUGGUCUUGCUAUAGCGUCGCUCCAGGGCCCCCCAAAACGUGCUGUUACACUAUUCGAUAGCAAGAUGCCGACCCCUCAAUAUGCAUCACUAGAUGAUAUGGAAGAUGCAAUUAAGCAAAUCCGCCGUGAGAUUGCAGCUUCAGGCGAGAAGGAGGAUAUCAUUAGUACAGAUCCCGACGACCUUCUCGCCCAUGGCUACUCUGAAUGGUCAACAACGAACCCCGAUGGAUUGCCAGUUGCUGUUGUAUACCCACGUUCUACAGAACAGGUAUCAACCAUUGCGCGCGUCUGUCAUAAAUAUCGCGUACCGAUUAUCCCCUAUUCAGGGGGAUCGAGUCUGGAAGGAAACUUCUCAGCACCUUACGGUGGUAUCAGCGUCGAUUUCGCGUACAUGGACCAAAUUGUCCAGUUCAACAAGGAAGACAUGGAUAUUGUAGUCCAGCCAAGUAUUGGAUGGCAGGACCUCAAUGACCAACUCAAUAGAAUGGGUAGUGGUCUUUUCUUCCCUAUUGAUCCUGGCCCGAGCGCUAAAAUUGGCGGCAUGAUUGGCACCAAUUGCUCUGGCACAAACGCAGUUAAAUAUGGUACCAUGAAAGAUUGGGUCAUCAAUUUAACUGUAGUCUUAGCAGACGGGACCGUCAUCAAGACGCGAAGACGACCUAGGAAGAGUUCAGCUGGCUAUAAUCUCAACGGUUUAUUCGUGGGUUCUGAGGGAACAUUAGGCUUAGUUACUGAGGCCACUCUCAAACUCGCAGUUGUUCCGGAAGAGUUCUCCGUAGCUGUGGUAACAUUCCCUACGAUACGCGAUGCGGCCUCGGCUGCUGCCGAAGUCAUGCAGACCGGGAUACCAAUCGCGGCUAUGGAGAUCAUGGACGAAGUUCAAAUGAAAGUCGUCAACAUUGGUGGGGCAACUGCGCCACGCGUAUGGAAAGAAAUGCCCACGCUCUUCUUCAAAUUCUCAGGGACAAAAGCGAGUGUUAAAGAGAAUGUUUCCCGCGUUCAGGCAAUAACCAAGCAAAAUAAGGGAAGCAACUUCGAAUUCGCUAAAGACCUCCGAGAACAGAAACUCUUGUGGUCAGCAAGGAAGGAAUCUCUAUGGUCGAUGCUCGCGCUGAGAAAAGAAGGCGAAGAAGUCUGGUCGACUGAUGUCGCUGUCCCUUUCAGCAGACUAGCGGACAUCAUUGAAAUCAGCAAAAAGGAAAUGGAUGACUUAGGUCUAUUUGCCAGUAUCCUUGGCCACAUCGGGGACGGCAAUUUCCACGAGAGCAUCAUAUAUAAUCGACAUAAGAAAGACGAACUUGAAAAAGUCGAGACGUGUGUCAAGAACAUGGUCAAGCGGGCGCUGGAUAUGGAAGGGACGUGCACGGGCGAGCAUUCUAUUGGCUGGGGUAAAAAGGAGUCACUCCUAUUGGAGGUAGGUCCAGACACUCUAGCUGUCAUGAAGCAGAUCAAGUCUGCACUUGAUCCCCAGUGGAUCAUGAACCCAGGGAAGAUCAUGGAUCUACCUUAAUGCCUUUCCUAUUUUCCUUCUUAUAUCGCCUACAUUUAGGUCCUCCCUCAUACCUACACCCGUCAUUGUUUUUUCUCUCUCUAGACCCUUUCUUCUACCCUUUCCUUAGCUUGGAUGUGGUCCAGUCAGUGAAGGUCUACUCUCAGUCGUCGAAGACAUUACAUAUAACCCUCCACGACAGAGCAAGGAACUCUGUGGCGAAUGGGAAACAUACAUGCACUUAUGGCGUACGAAAAGAACAGAAGACGGUAGGAAUUCAUUGACAUUGGGUUUUGCAUAUGGUUUACUGAAUGAAAAAAA